UUUUGGAAUCGCCAUAUUGUCCAUGUCUUCCGCUUUCAGAGGCAAAUCACAGAAGGGGUGGCAAACAGGAUUAAGGAAUUGCCAAUAAUUCUGUGCAAGUUUUCAUUUCCUAAGCUUCAUCUUAUUAUUUUAUAAUUAUAUAAAUAUGUCAGAACUUAAUACUGAUCACAUAGACUCUGUAGAAGAAGAAUUGGAAGUAGAAUCUAAUUAUAAACCUCCACCAGAAAAAACAAUAGAACAAAUUUUAGAAACAGAUAAAGAAGAUGAAAGUUUACGUAAAUAUAAAGAAACACUUUUGGGAGAAGCUAAAUCUGGAGGUAUUGUUGUAGAUCCAAAUGAUCCUAGAAAAGUAAUAGUAAAGAAAUUAGCACUUUGUGUAGCAGAUCGACCAGAUAUGGAAUUAGAUUUAACAGGUGAUUUAUCUCAAUUAAAAAAACAAACAUUUGUAAUAAAAGAAGGUGUCAGCUAUAGAAUCAGAAUUGAUUUCAUUGUUCAACGUGAAAUUGUGCAUGGUUUAAAAUAUGUUCAAAAAACUUAUCGUUUUGGAGUACCAGUGGAUAAGAUGAUGCAUAUGGUGGGUUCUUAUCCACCAAAAACAGAAAUUCAAUCAUAUACUACUCCAACAGAGGAUGCACCAGCUGGAAAAGUGGCACGUGGUUCUUAUAGUGUAAGCUCCUUAUUUACUGAUGAUGACAAACAUGAACAUCUUAAGUGGGAGUGGUCAUUUGAAAUUAAGAAAGACUGGAAAGAAUAAACUUUCUUUCAUAAUAGGAAGCUGUACAACGAUCGCAAUUAAAAUAAGAAUGCCAAAAGGAACUCUAAUUUUUAUAGAUAUUCAGUCAUACUGCGAUGCCAUAACUGUAUUUUUUAAGUAAUAAGAGAAAGAGUAACGUUGAUA